AUGUCAACACAACGAGCGUCCAAUCCGCGAGCCAACGUCUUUAUAUUGGUCAAUCUCGGCUGUGAGGCACUGUUCGUGAUUGAUCAGCGAUUGAAGGCUCAGGAAAUAGCGCUGGAUAAAUCCGUUCAAGUCAUACACGAUGUGACGACGGUGCUGUUGGAGCCAAAGUUCAUAGAAUCCCUUAUCAAUGGAUCGAUACAUAAUAAUGCACAGUUGUUGACGGCAGAACAUUGCAAGUUUAUGCUGAACGAUAUUGCCACCUGUUCGCUAAUGCGUCUCGACGAGACGUCCAUGGAGAAGUUGUGGAAUCUGAUGACCAUGAUGUACAAAUGGCAACUCUUUGUUUCCCGUCAUCAGCACAACUUGCUGGACAUAACAUUUCGUCAUUUGGAUGCCAUCAACAAACUGUAUCCGGAUGCAAAGCGACAUUUGUUGAUUGACUUUACUAAGAAUACAUUAUUGGAUUUCUGGAAUUCAUGUGGAGAGGAGCAACAGUUGUCCAUUUAUCGCACCAACAAGGCCUGGCUGGAGUGCUUCAAUACAAAGAUAUCGCUGCUCAUACGACUUGGCUUUCAGUCCAUGGAUGGCAGCUUUAUUAACGCCUUGGAUCAGCGUCAUUAUCUAGAUUAUGUCAAGUGUAUUGGCGAAAAUAUCUAUAUCAAAAGGAGCGAGCAACAACAGGAGCGGGAACCCAAUCGCAUUGAUCAACUGGCGGCACAGCUUAAUAUUGCAUCUGGGGAGGAUUUGCAGCCAAUUGAUGCGGUUCAGUUUCAGAAACAAUUUGAGCAAACAUUCUCCAACACACUAUUCCCAGAGGUGGAUAACAAUGCCAGGGCCACGUCAUCCCAAGUCCAGUGCAAUUCAAAUGCCUCUGGCUGUGAAUUUGUUCAACUCUUGUCCACCGAUGGCAAUCCGGAUGAGGUGGCUACCACAGCGAGUGGCAAUGGUUCAGGUCUUAAUCAGCAGCUGCUCGAUUUGUAUAGCAAAAUUAAUUAACUAAUUAAUUGAGCAAUGUAUCAUGCAUAAUUAGAAAAUAUUGUAUUUGUUUGU